GAUCAGUAUUCAUUCAGAGGUUCGAAUAGAAGCAUCUCUUAUUUCCGCGAUACAAGUGGCAAGCUUGUCAGGCACGCGAACAUCAAUUAAAUUGUUUUAUUAUAUCAACGACGCGUAUACUGUAAACACUGAUUACGUGUUUUAGAUGCUAUACGAAACUAUUUAUACAUUAAUAGCCUUAUCAAAAUUAAACGUGCAAGGAUGCAAUACGUAUUAAUUUUGUAUCUACUCCUUGCUGGAAACUUGUAUUCCCAUCAAAAAUUAGCUGAGGGCUCUAAAAUACUUGCUGUGUACGCCUUUCCAGGCAAAUCGCAUUAUAUGAUGCACACAGCUUUGGUGAGAGAACUCGUCGAAAGUGGCCAUCAGGUGACCAUGAUAACAGCUCUUUCUCUGGAGAAAGAACAGCUUGGCAGCAACUACACAGAGAUCUUGAUAGAACCGGUCUAUGAUUUUUGGCACGAUGUUAAGCUGAACUUCGGAGCCCAGCAUUUGUUUGAGCUGACCCGCAUGAACAACUAUGACUUUUUAAAAAUGCUGGAGAUUAUCGGCAUAAAAACCACGGAACAUGCUUUACGGCAGCCCAAAGUUCAAGCCCUCAUUCGUGCUAAGCAGACCGACGGGGUCUUUGAUCUCCUCCUGGCCGAGCAGUUCUAUCAGGAGGCCUUCCUAGCCCUGGCUCAUAUCUACAAGAUUCCAGUGGUGACCACGAGUACGCUGGGCUACGAGAAUCACAUGAGCCAGAUGAUGGGAGUGAUCACCCCUUGGUCUUUCGUGCCGCACGGUUUUAUGCCCUUCACCGAUCGAAUGACUUUCCUGGAACGGGUGCAGAAUUCCUAUGAAUCCUUCUAUGACGAUAUGGACCGGUUGCUAAACUAUUUUCCCAAAAUGGAUGCGGUGACCGAGGAGUUCUUUGGCCCCGUUUUGGAUGAGGUGCCAAAGGUCAAGCACAUGGAGCGGGAAAUCUCGGUGAUGCUGCUAAACAGUCACGCACCGCUGACCACGGCACGUCCCACGGUGGAUGCCAUGGUGCCAGUGGGCGGCAUGCACAUCUAUCCGCCCAAAGCUCUCCCACCGGACAUGCAAGCGUUCCUGGAUGGGGCCACCGAGGGAGCCAUCUUCUUCAGCCUGGGCAGCAAUGUCCAGAGCAAGGAUAUGCCAAGGGAGAUGCUGCAGAUGUUCCUGCAGGUAUUCGGUUCCCUUAAGCAACGGGUGCUGUGGAAAUUCGAGGACGAGAGCAUUCGCCAGUUGCCGGAAAAUGUGAUGGUGAGGAAGUGGCUGCCGCAGUCAGACAUUCUGGCCCAUCGGAACGUAAAGGUUUUCAUCACCCACGGCGGAUUGUUUGGCACCCAGGAGGGAGUGCACUACGCCGUGCCUAUGCUGGGCAUUCCCAUCUACUGCGAUCAGCACCUAAACAUGAAUAAAGCCGUCUUGGAUGGCUAUGCCAUAAGUCUGCACUUCCAGUCGAUUACCGAUGAGAUCCUCCGACACUCCUUGCUCCAACUCAUCCAUAAUUCUACCUAUAAGGAGAACGUGCAGAGAGUCUCGGACAUAUUUCGGGAUCGUCCUCAGGAGCCCCGCAAAAGUGCCGUCUAUUGGAUCGAAUAUGUCAUCCGGCAUCGAGGAGCUCCCCAUUUGCGAUCCGCAGGCCUGGAUCUCAACUGGUUUCAGUUCUAUCUGCUCGACGUGAUAGCCUUUGUGGGCGUCAUUGCUUUGACUGGAAUCCUCGCCCUGGCACUCGCCAUUAGAUUGCUGAUGGGCAGUAAUAAAAAGCACAGAAAAGCUAAGAAGAAUCAACUUAGAAGUGCUCUACACAUAUUCCUCUUGAGCCUGGUGGCACUUCAGCAACUAGACUUUGGUACCAGCUCCCGCAUCCUGGCCGCCUUCUUUUAUCCUGGGAAAAGCCACUUUAUGAUGACCAAGGCCAUAAUCCAGGAGCUGGUAAAACAAGGACAUGAAGUAACUUUCAUCACUGCGUUCUCCUUGGCAAAGGAAAAUCUGGGAACGAACUACAAGGAAAUUUUGAUACCACAAUACGACUUCUGGCCUGAUAUUAAGGAGAUGACCAAUACCAACAGCAUUUUGGAGAUGGCCGACUUGUCAACACUUACCUUCCUGCGAAUUCCCAAUAUGAUGGGUGUGCACAGCACGGACUUUGCGUUCGAGCAGCCACAAGUUCAGGCCGUUAUCAAUGAGAAGAAUAAGGUCGGAAGGUUUGAUCUCCUACUGGCGGAACAGUUCUUUAACGAGGGUGCCCUCAUCCUUGGACACCUGUACCAGAUUCCCAUUAUUACCGUCUCGACUUUUGGCUUUGGCAACUAUUUUAGUCAGUUAUUUGGAAUAGUAUCCCCUUGGUCGUACGUCCCACAUGCAUAUAUGCCUUUCACAGAUCGUAUGACGCUGUGGGAGCGAAUAGAAAAUGUGGCUAUCAGUGCAGUCGAGGAUCUCACCAGGGAGUUCUCAUACUAUCCCGCACAGGAUGCCAUCCUAAAGAAACACUUCUCCAAAAUGCUUGAUAGAGUCCCAACUGUAAAGGAACUGGAGCGGAACAUCUCGGCUAUACUAUUGAACACCUACAUGCCACUGGCUUCGCCCAGACCCAUGGCCUAUAAUAUGAUCCCCGUGGGCGGAUUGCACAUUCAGCCGCCGAAGGGGCUACCCGAGCACCUUCAGAAGUUCCUGGAUAGGGCUACCCAUGGAGCCAUUUAUUUCAGCUUGGGCUCCCAGGUGCGCAGUGCCGAUCUCCCGCCCGAAAAGUUAAAGAUUUUCCUAGAGGUCUUUGGCAGUCUGAAGCAGCGCGUUCUGUGGAAGUUCGAGGAUGAAACUCUGCCCAAUCUGCCGGCCAAUGUGAAGGUGCAGAAUUGGAUGCCUCAGGGCGACAUCCUGGCCCAUCCCAAUGUUAAGGUGUUCAUUGCUCAUGGAGGGCUCUUUGGCACCCAGGAGGCGGUGUACCAUGCGAUUCCGGUGCUGGGCAUGCCCGUCUACUGUGAUCAGCAUCUGAACAUCAAUCAGGGCAAGAAGGCGGGCUAUGCCUUGGGCCUUGAUUACCGGACAGUCACGGUGGAAGAGCUGCGAGGAAUGCUGCUUGAACUGAUUGAGAAUCCCAAGUUCAGGAACAACGUGAAGAAGGCUUCUCGGGUGUUCCGCGAUCGACCCCUGAGCGCCAUGGACACGGCGAUGUACUGGAUAAACUAUGUGAUCGAGCACAGAGGAGCUCCCCACAUUGUGUCUGCUGGCGUGGAACUGCCCUGGUACCAGUUCUACCUGCUGGACAUUGUUGGCCUGGCUCUAGCUCUCGUUCUCCUGCCAAUUCUGGCUCUGAUCUCCAUCUGCCGAAGGAGUUCCAAAUCAAGGGGUACUCCAAAGAAGAAGACCAAGAGGAAUUAGAA